AGUGAAACUUGCACAGCACAAUGAAAUAAAUCGUUUCGACAGCCUUGAAGCAAAUUCCAGUGUAGUGAAUUUGCUGGCCUUUCGCUUGUCAUCUCUCUUUCGCGUGUUCUUCCCUCUUUGAAUCCUUCGAUUAAACAAAACAAAGAAAACUCCCCAACUCCUCCGGUUGUUGCUCUCGCGAAAACCUCCCCCUUAACUACCUUCUCUUGCGACAUUCCAACUACAAAUCUCACCUUUUCCUUGUCUUCCUGUUUAAAACUCUACCUCCGUUUUCUUCUGGGGUCACUCCCCCCUCUUCUCCACCAUCCUUAACCUCUCCCAUCAUUCAGCUAGGCAGGGGUUGAUUUCAUCAAGCUUUGCUGGUCAGAGAUGGAGAUUAGGAAUUGCGUUUUCGCUUUGAUACUCUGCCACGCCGCUUUUGUAAGUUGUGCUGUGGGGCUGGGGAGGAAUCCGCCCACCGAGAGGAUUUCAGGUAGUGCCGGGGAUGUUUUGGAGGAUGAUCCAGUUGGAAGGUUGAAAGUUUUUGUUUAUGAACUUCCAAGCAAAUACAACAAGAAGAUUCUGCAGAAAGAUCAAAGAUGUCUUAAUCACAUGUUUGCAGCUGAGAUUUAUAUGCACCGUUUUCUCUUGUCUAGUCCAGUUCGAACCCUCAAUCCUGCAGAAGCUGAUUGGUUCUAUACGCCUGUGUACACCACUUGUGACUUGACACCAAAUGGCCUUCCUUUGCCUUUUAAGUCACCAAGAAUGAUGAGAAGUGCUAUACAACUCAUUUCUUCAAACUGGCCUUAUUGGAAUAGAACUGAAGGAGCUGAUCACUUUUUUGUUGUGCCCCAUGACUUUGGAGCAUGCUUCCAUUAUCAAGAAGAAAAGGCAAUUGAAAGAGGAAUUCUCACAAUGCUUCGACGAGCUACCUUAGUGCAAACAUUUGGCCAGCGGAAUCAUGUUUGCUUAAAAGAGGGAUCUAUCACUGUUCCACCGUACGCUCCUCCCCAAAAGAUGCAAUCCCAUCUCAUCCCGGAAAAAACUCCUAGAGCAAUCUUUGUCUAUUUCAGAGGAUUGUUUUAUGAUGUGGGAAACGACCCAGAAGGUGGCUACUAUGCAAGAGGUGCACGGGCAGCAGUGUGGGAGAACUUCAAAGACAAUCCGCUGUUUGACAUAUCCACAGAACACCCGACCACAUACUAUGAAGACAUGCAACGAGCCGUCUUCUGUCUGUGUCCACUUGGGUGGGCGCCAUGGAGCCCGAGAUUGGUUGAAGCCGUGGUAUUUGGUUGUAUCCCGGUGAUUAUAGCCGACGACAUCGUCCUUCCUUUUGCCGAUGCAAUCCCGUGGGAAGAGAUCGGGGUGUUUGUUGAUGAGAAAGAUGUACCCAACUUGGACACCAUCCUCACUUCGAUCCCACCGGAGACAAUACUCAGGAAACAGAGGCUGCUUGCAAACCCUUCGAUGAAGCAGGCAAUGUUGUUCCCUCAACCGGCUCAACCAGGAGAUGCGUUCCAUCAGGUUCUGAAUGGGCUGGCACGAAAACUGCCACAUGACAAGAGCAUCUACUUGGCGCCUGGGCAGAAGGUUUUGAACUGGACUGCGGGUCCUGUUGGUGAUCUGAAACCUUGGUAGCUACUGUUGCAAAUUAACUGAAAUGUAAAUUUGUUUUUUUGGUAUUUACUCUUUAUAGAUUUUGUUGCUUAUACAUGCGGGGAUUAUGCAGUUUCGUUGUCUGAGGUUUUGAGUGGUCUGUUUACCCUACUUCUGCAUCAGUGGAGGAAACUUAAUGCUCGGGACUUGGGGGUUUUUUCUCUUGAAAUGAUUUAAAUUCCUGAUGAUAAGAUUCUGUACAAGUACAACGACCAGUCUCAAAAUCUUGGGCGCUCUUUUACUACAAAUUUUUUAUUUAUUUAUAGAGUAAGUGUCUUGUUCUACCAAAAAAAAA